AUGUACAUGAUGUCAUUACUCCAAUGGAAGAGCAACGACGUGGUCAUGUGUAAAUUUUUUCCUGCUAGUUUGGAAGGUGAGGCGAGAAACUGGUUCUAUACCUUAUCAGUGGGAUCUAUCGGAAAUUAUGGAGUCUUGAUAGAAACUUUCCUUGAAACAUAUAUGCACAACAACAUCGCCCGACCUUGGGUCAACAAGCCAUUCACUUUGGCAAGAAGGUUCAAGGAACCUUUGAGGUCUCUAACGGAUAGGUGGAGGAAAUUGUGUACCGAUAUCGGGAAGGUUCAAGUCGACCAACAUAUAUUCGGAUUCGAAAAUUCGCUAGGGAAGUCUGACCAUAUCUGGAUAGCCAUGUUCACAGAGAAACCUCAGACGUUGAAAGAAAUGAGGAAGAUGCAGGAACACUACAUAGACUUGGAAGAAAUACAAGAGGGGUCCAAAGACAGAGGAGAACAAGAGGCAAGCACAACAGUAGAGGAGGCACCUCAGGAGGCAUCAAAGCGACCCGAGAAGAGAUCGGAUCCACCACAUAAAACCUCAGGGAGAAAGGAGUGGGUCGAGAAGGGGAAGAGGCCUCGCCAUGAACCAAGAACUUAUACACCUAUGAACGCAGCACUAGAAGAAAUCUUUAAGGAAGUAGAAAAAAGGAAUGAUAUCAGAUACCCGAAGACCAGGGGAAUACAAUUUGAUGAAACAAAGAACCAUCCCGAAUUCUGUCAUUAUCACCAGUACCGAGGCCACUCGACUAACAAUUGUCGGGAAGUAAAUGACAUAGUUCAACAUAUGAUUCGGGACGGAUACCUAAGGAAAUUGGUCAGGAAGACAACACCCACACCCAAUGCACCCGACGCACCUGUGCAUCAAGUAAGGAUAGAUCGGGGAACCCAGUUCGUGUGUAACACCAUUUUAUACUCGGAAACCCAGGGAUUUGAUUUGCGGAUGGGCAUCACAUCAAUGAUUCACAAAAGGGAUCAGGCAGGGAAGGAGAUCUUCAGUGUCGCCAAAACUUUACCAAUGGAGGCCUGGAUGAUGCAGCAGAUCACUUUUUCUGCAAAGGAUGUCCCGAUGAACGACCAAGCGCAUGGAGACCCACUGGUUAUUACCUUACUUAUCGAGGAGUGGGGAGUCAAGAGGAUACUGGUGGACAGUGGAAGCUCGGUUGAAGUCCUUUUCUACGACAUAUUUAAAAGAAUAAAGCUAUCAGACGACAUUCUAAUCCCAUCUACCUAUCGGAUCUAUGGAUUCAAUUGGACAAUAACUGUACCAAAAGGAGAAGUCACACUCAGGGUCUCAGACGGAGAAGGAUACCUGGAUACCCUCACGACCUUCUGCAUUGUGGAUGUCGUGUCACCAUAUGAGGCGAUCAUCGGAAGACCUUGGAUCGCAGGCAUCAAAGGGGUAGCUUUCGCCUAUCACCAAAGGUUGAGGUUCCCCACUUACAGGGGAGUCGUUGAAGUGGUAGGCAAUCCUCAGGCCGCGAGACAGUGCAUGCAGCUAGAUAUUCAACAAAAUGAGGACAUGCGAUCUAGGAUGCAUUGA